GUGACUACAUUGCCUCUUGUUUCUCGCAUGAUGCACAAAACGCUAGAAAUGUAGUUGACCUGCGGGGAUGAUCACUACCAAACUACCAAGAUCUCUGAGUCUCAAUCGAAUCGCUAUCUCUUACCUCGUUCCAAGUAACGAUAGUCGCUAACCGGUUUAUCGUAGGCAAACCAAUAUCGAUGUAGAUCAGUCGCUUGUAUUUUGCGGCUUGGUAAUCGCGAGAAUGUCGCCAUUGACACCGAUCAAGAUUCGCGGCAAACGAGGCGCCUCGGAAGCGGAGAAGUGGCACUCAUUUAAGAAGCGAAAAGUCGCGCGGAAUCAUGAUCCUGAGUGCUCCACUCGAGACGGCACUCCGGCUUCCACCGUCUCGACUGCAAGUUGCUCGAAGCCCUCACGGGAGCGGAAAGCGCCCCCACGGGAGCUCUCCAAGCUUGAGCAGCUACCCACAGAGAUACUGCAGGACAUCUUCGAGUAUUCAGGGAAUCUCAACCUGCCGUUCGCGUCCUUAGAGCUCAAACUGCAAUUAUGUAGCAAGCACAUGUACCUUCGGCUCACUACUCGCACUAUGCGCGCAGUGCUUGGCUUUGCUCGAGGUACCGACCGUGCCAGAGCAAAAGAUUCAGACCUUGCGGCCGCCUCACGACUUCUCAACUGUCGGUUCAUGACGUUUGCCUUCUUCCGAGACUGGGUCGAAGCAGAGUGGUGUUUGACAUUCACCCCGACGGAGGAUGACCGCGUUCGGCAUGACUCGCGGCAGUGCAGUACUGUCCCUCGUCUCCAGGCAAUGCUUGCACAGCUUCGACCGUCUGGCGCUCUUCUGCCUCCUAAACGAGCGAUCACUGGGCCGUGGACCUCCGACAAUCUUGGAUAUCUCGAAUCCAUCGUGACGACAUGCUACAUCGGUAAAGAGAGCCCCAGAUAUACUGAAUAUGGCAUGACAGGCCUGCGACGAGCGGUGCAGGAUGCAUCACCCGACGCCCUAAAAGGCCUGUUCAGCAUGGGUUUGGAACCAGACCCGGAGCUAAUCCGUUUCGCUGUCUGUUCUUGUGCAUGUGACCUGGACGUCGUCCGGACGAUCCUUAACGAAAAUCUGCUGGUGGUCAUUCGCAGACCAACAGACAGUCCAAACGCCAUGGAGCCUGUGAUCGAUCCUUUAGAACCUACAUUGUGGGCCUGGGCGGAGCAUGACCGGGCGGCUGGUGGUGCUAAGGGAAAGAAGCUGACUGGCAUGUUGAAAGCGCACGUUAGAGAGCUAAGUCAACUGCAGCUCGAUCGCUCGAGGGGACCUAUAGACCCAAGAGUGUUCGCAACCUCGAGGAAUAGACCACGAAGUCCAUCACAAGGAACCAUUAUCAUCUGACUAAGCGGUCACCCCGCAGGAACCCCUUCCAAUCUCCCUUACUUCAACGUUCACCCGUUCAAUGUCUCACGUUGACACUUCGUGGCGCAACGCGUGUUUCGGCGGCAUUGAAAGAGCGAUAAGCGAGUCUUCGAUUUGCGCGUGCGCAAACCCGUUGCUAUCAAGUGAAAGCGGUGGGGCUCGAACCCAGCUGCGCUUUUCCUUGUCCAGGUUUCGAC